CCGGUUCUUAAGAGCACGUGACUGUGAUGGGGGAAAAAUAGCUGAAUAGCACUAAACGGCUUCUCUUUGGGAAUUUAGUGCACUACGUAGGGUGUAAUAUUUAUUUAUUUCAUGCCCCCAACUAGUGUACUUCAAUAGGGAAUAUGAAGCCGGUUGAGAAGCUUUUUUUUAAAGCAGCGCCUGUAGUGGAACAGCUUUCUUAACGUGGUUUUACUUCUUUCCUUUUUAGCUGAAUAAAGUAUUUUUGGUGACUAGUAUUGUGUGUUUUUAAUUUGGCAGCAAACAUGGCCUCGAAAACCCGAGUAAGUUUCCACACAGCAUUACAUUUCACUUUUAUUUGGGUCGCUUUGCUGUUGAACAGCCUGGCCGUGACGGCCAGAACCUACCCCAAGCCAAACAUCGUACUGAUUCUCACAGAUGAUCUGGACAUCUCCAUCGGCGGCAUGAUUCCUUUAAACAAAACAAGGAAGUUAAUAGGGGAUGCAGGAAUAACCUUUACAAACACGUUUGUUGCCAGUCCCCUGUGCUGUCCCAGCAGAGCCAGCAUCCUGACAGGCAAAUACCCACACAACCACCGUGUGAUCAACAACACGCUGGAAGGCAACUGCAGCAGUGUGGCCUGGCAGAAGACCCAGGAGCCGUAUACGUUCCCUGUCCUCCUGCAGAAACAUGGCUACUACCAAACAUUCUUCGCUGGGAAGUACAUGAACGAGUACGGAAACAAGCAGGCUGGAGGAGUGGAGUAUAUUCCCCCAGGCUGGGACUACUGGUUUGCACUGGAGAGAAACUCCAAAUAUUACAACUACACAUUAUCAGUAAAUGGUAAAGCACAGAGGCAUGGCCAGAAUUAUACUGAGGACUAUCUUACUGACGUUCUGGCCAACAUAUCACUAGACUUUCUCCAGUACAAGUCUAACUACAGGCCAUUUUUCAUGAUGGUGUCUACACCAGCUCCUCAUUCUCCCUGGACGGCCGCUCCUCAAUAUGAAAGCCAGUUCUCUAAAGUCAAAGCCCCAAGAGAUCCCAGUUUUAACACCCACAGCAAGGAUAAACACUGGCUAAUUCGACAGGCGAAGACUCCAAUGUCUAACUCCUCUGUGGAAUUCCUGGACAAUGCUUACAGAAAACGGUGGCGGACUCUUUUGUCUGUGGACGACCUGGUGGAGAAGGUGGUGAAGAAACUGGAAGCCCAAGGAGAGCUGGAGAACACUUAUAUCUUUUUCACUUCUGACAAUGGCUACCACACUGGCCAGUUUUCUCUCCCCAUGGACAAGCGUCAGCUUUAUGAGUUUGACAUCAGAGUUCCUCUGCUAGUACGAGGACCAAACAUCAAGCCCAACCAAACAAGCCCGUUACUUGUAGCUAAUAUAGAUUUGGGCCCAACUAUCCUGGACAUGGCAGGGUAUGAUGUAAAUAAGACCCAGAUGGAUGGGAUGUCCUUUCUGCCUGUUAUGAUUGGUACAGAGAACAGCACAACAUGGAGGUCUGACUUUCUGGUGGAGUAUGAGGGAGAAGGACACAAUGUCUCAGACCCAGCCUGUCCCAGUCUAGGCCCAGGAGUCUCAGAGUGUUUUCCUGACUGUGUAUGUGAAGAUGCAUAUAAUAACACGUAUGCAUGUGUUCGCACCGUUUCCCACACUACCAACCUGCAGUACUGCGAGUUUGAUGAUAAUGAGGUGUUUGUGGAAGUGUAUAACCUGACAGCAGACCCCUUCCAGCUCACAAACAUUGCCAAAAGCAUCGACCAGGAGGUCCUGGAGAAAAUGAAUCAUCGACUGAUGAUGCUGCAGUCAUGUUCAGGACAGUCCUGCAGAACACCUGGGGUCUACGAUUCACGGUUUAAAUUUGAUCCUCAGAUGAUAAUCAACAGUCUCAGACCUCAUGGAAGCCGACUCUGGCAGACGCUAAAGUAAAGACAGAAAGCAAGAUUUUAAAAACCCUGUCCUGCUGUUGCCUUUUUGUCCUGAUCUUCCCUUUGAGACUCAUGGCUUUCUCUUCCACACUUGGUGUAAAGAAUUAAGGUCAUGAGGGUUUAUAGGAACAGGACGCCACCCUGCUGCAGUCACCCUUUUCUGUUUUUGUGUAGUUUCUGACAGCUGCAAUUUUAACAUAGGAUGACUACAUUCAGUAUUGGUCAGAUGACAUGUUUUUCCCUCUUUUGUUUGUCAUUUUUCCAUCUUAAGAUUAACACCUUAACCCCAGGUGGGUUAGAAUAGAGUAGUAUAGCAGGGAAGGCAUGUUUUGUGGGUUGGGGUUUUGUCUAUACAUAAAACACAUAAUUCAUAUUUUUCUUGUAUCUAGGCACAGAGAUCUUAUAUUCUAUCAAAUUUUAGGCCUUAAAGUUUGCCACAAUGACAUUAUCAUGUUUGAAAUCCUUGUUUAGACAUUGUAGUGCUGUAGUUGGUCAAAGCCAAAGUUUGAAUAAUCGAAUGUAUUCUGUUUCAGAAAGCAAGGUGCCUAAUUCUGACCAGUGACUACUGUUUUUUUUUUUUAUUAAACAUAUACAUUAUUAUAUAAUAAUAAUAUAUAUUAUUAUACAAAAUCUAUGAUUUCUCACACUUACUGAUCAUGAAGGUUAGGGGAGGGAGACUGCUACAAAUCUACAAGACUGAAGAAUGAGCCAAAGGGUUUACUUUACUCUAGUUCGGUCAUUAUUAACUAUUUAAUGUGACUUGUCCUUUUUAGAGCAAGAAAUGGUAUUUUACUAUAUAAGGGUGAAUAAGGAAUACAAAACACUGUGUUGCUCUGCUGGAAAACCACAAGCAACUGUAGCUUCACUAAUAAAGGGAACAGUUUCCACUUUGCACUGCUACAGGUUGGAUAAUCAAAUACGUUUAUAUAGAAAUCUAACAGCAACGUCAUGGCCUGGUUUUAUUUGACUGAAACUGCAAUAGGAAUGGUUUGUGUUGCAUAUAUAUAUAUAUAAAAGUAACUGCUCUUUACUUAAGUCAAUGAGACCUUAUUUUAUAGUUCUUGUUUUAUUUUGCACAAUUUCUUUGUGAGUCAUUUUCCUGUAGUUCAUGUGUGUUUUUUCUGGCUGAGUGUGAUCAAUAAACAACUAUGAAAUU